AUGGCUUUGUUUAGAAAGUUCUUCCACAGAAAGCCUCCUGAAGGGUUAGUAGAGAUCUCAGAGAGAGUUUACGUCUUUGAUUGCUGCUUAACCACGGAUAUGUUGGAAGAGGCAGAGUACAGAGUCUAUGUAGGCCGGAUAAUGAGUCAGCUACGAGAACAGUUUCCCAAUGGAUCAUUCAUGGUGUUUAAUUUCCGGGAAGAAGAAAGCAAAAGCCUGAUGGAGACUGUACUCUCCGAGUAUGACUUGACCAUCAUGGACUAUCCUCGUCAAUAUGAAGGUUGCCCUUUGCUUACAAUGGAGACAAUCCAUCACUUUCUUAAAUCAAGUGAAAACUGGUUAUUGUUAGGUCAGCAGAACAUCUUGUUGUCUCACUGUGAGCGAGGCGGCUGGCCAGUUUUAGCCUUUAUGCUUGCUUCGCUCUUGUUAUACCGCAAGCAGUUCAGUGGAGAACAGAAGACACUAGAGAUGAUGUAUAAGCAGGCACCUCGUGAGCUGUUACAGCUUAUGUCUCCACUAAAUCCGUUGCCUUCACAGUUGAGGUUUCUUCAGUAUAUAUCGAGUAGGAAUGUUGGUUCACAGUGGCCACCGCUUGAACGGGCCCUUACGUUAGAUUGUAUCAAUCUUAGAGUGAUUCCUGAGUUUGAUAGUGAGGGUGGUUGCAGACCAAUAUUUAGAAUAUAUGGUCAAGAUCCUUUCAUGGCUUCCGAUCAGACUUCGAAAGUUCUUUUCUCGAUGCCUAAAAGAAGCAAAGCUGUUCGGCAUUAUAAGAAGGCAGAUUGUGAGCUGGUAAAGAUUGACAUCCAUUGCCAUAUUCUCGGUGAUGUUGUGCUUGAGUGCAUUACCUUGGAUAGUGAUCAUGAGAGGGAAGAGAUGAUGUUUCGGGUUGUGUUCAACACUGCAUUUCUUAGAUCAAACAUUCUGAUACUUAACCGUGAUGAGGUUGAUGUACAGUGGAACACAACUGAUCGGUUUCCUAAGGAUUUCAGAGCAGAGGUUAUAUUUUCGGAGAUGGGUGCUGGUAAGAGUGUUGUCUAUGUUGAUGUGCCGCAUAUGGAGGAAAAAGAUGGUCUACCAAUGGAAGCAUUUGCUAAGGUUCAAGAGAUUUUCAGUGAUGGUGAAUGGUUGGAUCCAAAUUCUGAUGUUGCUGUGAGUGUCUUUAACCAAAUAACAGCAGCAAAUAUCCUUCAAGAAAGCUUGGAUUCAAGUUCUCCUCGAAGCCCUGAUUCACGUAGCCUAUUGGAAUCAGCACUUGAGAAAGUUAGGGAGAAAACCAAGCUGAUGAUAUCGGAAAACGUUGCUGUAAGUCCUAACGCAUUCUCUCCUAUGUGGAAAGAGAAAGAUACACAUAGAUCUUAUGCAGAUCCGAAUUCACUCAUCAAGAAGGUUGAUGAACCGCAUGGACUUCGCGUUUCAGUCCAAAGAAAUGCUCAGUCGAAGAUAUUUUCCCCUCGAGUGGUCCAGAGUCCAGGAACAUCACCGGUUUUAAAACGUAGUCCCACACAAGGAUCACCGGGUUCAGUAUCUAGAUAUCACAGCUCCCCAUCUUCCCUUGGGAUCACUUCGAUAUUACAUGAUCAUGGUACAUGUAAAGGUGAAGAAGCUACUUCAUCAUCACCAGGCUCACCUUCAGUUUCGUUUGUACCAACAUUGAAUCCACUGACAUCAUCGCUUCUUAAAGCUUCUCUACAGAAGUCUUUCACGCAUGUUCCUUCAAAUGGUCCUCCUCCAUCAGAAGCUGCAGUGACGCCACCAGCAUUGCCACUGCUGAAGCCACUUAACAGUUUAUCUCCUCCUCCUCCGCCACCACCUCCCAUAUCCUCUCUGCGUUCCAUAGCAACACAAGUGCCACCUCCACCUCCGUCUCCACCUGCACCACACCCUCAACGUUCUGCACAGUCAUCUCUUCCUGUAGCCACAAUUAACCCUCCACCUCCACCACCACCACCUUUGCGUUCUAACUCUAUUGUGGUGAAGCCCCCUCCUGUUCCUCCUCCGCCAGCCCCUGCACCUCGUGCUCAUAUCGGAGGUUCCAAUGGAAAUAUUCCUCCAGUGCCUGGACCACCUUUGGGUUUAAAAGGGCGUGGCCUUUUACAGAUGAAUCUUAGAGGCCAGAGUCAAACGAAGAAGGCCAACUUGAAACCGUACCAUUGGUUAAAGCUUACCAGGGCAGUGCAAGGAAGUUUAUGGGCUGAAGCGCAGAAGCCUGAUGAAGCUGCUACUGCUCCAGAGUUCGACAUCUCUGAGCUUGAGAAACUCUUCUCAGCAACGAAUCUUAGCUCUGAAAAUGAAACCAAAGGUGGGAAGUCAGGUCGACGUGCCCGUCCUAAAGUUGAGAAAGUGCAGCUGAUUGAGCUCAGACGAGCAUACAACUGUGAGAUCAUGCUUUCUAAAGUCAAAAUACCUUUGCCUGAUUUGAUGAGUUCUGUUCUUGCGUUGGAUGAGUCGGUGAUAGAUGUUGAUCAAGUUGACAACUUAAUCAAAUUUUGUCCAACAAAAGAAGAAUCAGAAUUGGUCAAGGGCUACACUGGAGAUAAGGAAGCUUUGGGACGGUGUGAGCAGUACUUUCUAGAAUUGCUGAAAGUACCUCGAGUGGAGACCAAGCUAAGGGUUUUCUCAUUCAAGAUUCAGUUCCACUCCCAGGUUACUGAUCUUAGAAGAGGUUUGAAUAUCGUACAUCGUGCAGCCAACGAGGUUAGAGGCUCAGUCAAACUAAAAAGAAUCAUGCAAACUAUACUUUCCUUGGGCAAUGCCUUGAACCACGGAACUGCAAGGGGCUCAGCUAUUGGAUUUCGUUUGGAUAGUCUUCUGAAACUCACUGACACUAGAUCCCGCAACAGUAAGAUGACUCUGAUGCACUAUCUCUGCAAGGUGCUCGCCGAAAAACUUCCAGAGCUACUUGAUUUUCCAAAAGACCUGGUGAGCUUGGAGGCUGCAACAAAGAUUCAACUUAAAUAUCUAGCAGAGGAGAUGCAAGCAAUUAGCAAAGGGUUGGAGAAAGUAAUACAAGAACUGACUGCAUCUGAAUCUGAUGGUUCAGUAUCAAAACACUUCCGCAUGAACUUGAAAGAGUUUCUAAGUUUUGCUGAAGGAGAAGUUAGGUCCUUGGCUUCUCUUUAUUCAAGUGUGGGUGGAAGCGCUGAUGCUUUGGCGUUAUAUUUCGGAGAAGAUCCAGCUCGUGUCCCAUUUGAGCAAGUUGUAUCCACGUUGCACAACUUUGUUAGAAUAUUUGUGCGGUCACAUGAGGAAAACUGCAAGCAAGUCGAGUUUGAGAAGAAGAGAGCACAGAAGGAAGCAGAGAACGAGAAGCUUAAGAAAGAUGUGUACAAUGAGAACUGA